UGUUUGCCGCCCACGUGAAGUAUUUUCCCUGUGACGUCUGGAGAAAGUUGUGUGUAAAUUAUCCAAUGAAACCUUGUUUACUUACAUAGGAAUUGAUAAUUGCUGUGUUUAACGGAGUUGAUCAUUAAAAGAUUUACGAAUUUUCACUGGCUUCUCAAACGGUCCACUCGUUCACUUUGUUUAUGUUUUGACCUUUUUGCAAAAUCAACAUUCACUAUACCUGGUGGAUGAUUGUUGGGUUAUAUACACUGAUUAGUGCACAAAGUAAUAGCCUGACAGUCCCAUAUAAUACAUGGUUGAGAUAAAUAAAAAUGGGAUCAGAAAAGUUGGUAUCAGAAAUGACAAGGUCAGAGUUAGAGCAGUACAAACACAGUCCAGAAACAGAGUUAACUGCCUUGGUUUGUCAGGCCUGUGAAAGUGGAGAUUUCAGUUUGCUCACAGAUUAUCUCAGGAUAUUAUGGGAUACAGACCCACAAAGAGUUAAUGCCACAGAUAAAGCUGGAAUGACUGCUUUACAUUUUGCUGUUUCUUGUCAGAACAUUGCUGCAGUUAAGAUACUGAUGACGUACGGUGGGUUGGCAUCAGUUCACAUUCAAGAUGCUUUAGGUUUUACACCACUAUUUUUGGCCACAGGUCGCUAUCCUAGUGUAGAAAUUUCCAAAUACUUAAUCGAACAAGGUAAAGCUGAUAUAAACCUGAAGACAUUAACAGGAGCCACACCUUUACAUGGAGCAGCCUUACAAGGAAAUAUAGAUUGCAUAAGAUUACUUCUUCUUAAACAUGCUGACCCUAGGGUGGAAGAUGAAGAUGGGACAAUACCCAUGGAAUUGGCAAAAGAUGAUGCAUCUAGAACUUUACUUCAUGAUGCUGUCAUUGAUGCAGAUUCAAAAAGAGAUGCUGUUGAUGCAGUUUGUGCUCAGUGUAAGCAGAUACCAAAAGAUGGUCUAAAGAGGUGUGGCCAAUGUCAUGUGACCUUAUACUGCAGUAGAGAUUGUCAGUUGAAACACUGGAAGUUUGGUGGACAUAGGAGCAAUUGCACAGGGUAUGUAAUGGCCAGACCAUUCCAUUAUGGAGAAAAGGCUGGUGAAGGAUUUCAUACAUCCUUCUACAGAGUGAUGGGAUCAACUAAAUCUGAUGUUAAAGUCUAUGUCAGAAAUGCAAAUGAAGCUGCACAGAAAAUGGCAUUUCUCACAAACAAAAGAUUUGUUGUUAAAGUUCAGGUUCCAAUAGGUGCAUCUUCAGGAGAGAUGAUGGUCUACAAUGCAGAUCGAAGUGUAGAGGGCUAUGUUUAUCACACAGAAAGAGGAUAUGAAAAUUUGACAAAAAGAAUACAAACAGAAGGAUUUAUGGGUGUAAAAGCCUUCUUCUGGGCAGAAAUCAUGACUGGUAUUGAUGAAGGCUGCUUUAAAAUUUUUCAUGGAAAAUGUGCGCCCUAUCAGCAAUGGUGAAAUUAAUGAAUGAGCUGCAUUUUGUAUUAUUCUAAAAACUGGCAACAUUGAUGCUUUAUUUUCUUUGUUAUGGGAGAAUUCAGAGAAUACAGAAAACUGACAUAGAAAAAAGUGCAGUUUCUAGUGCUUUCAAUGAAAAUUGAAAUUUGUUUUUUUUAUAUUUACAAUAUAUACUGCUUGAAAUAAUGUAUAUUCUUGCAUAUAAAUUUUGAAAUCUGUGGGAAAAACUAUUAACACUAGUCUUAAUAGGCUUAAAUUCAGUAUUGGUGAUUGUGCCUUGUUAAGCUAUAAAGUAGAACUUUGCUUGUCUUUAAUUUACUGUUAUUUGGCCAUCUUAUUUACCAUUGUGCAAAUUAUGUUUGUUUAUUUAAAUGCAAAAGGUUUGACUUUUUGCAAAUAUUUAUAGAAAUAUGGUACCUUAAUUGAAAUAAUGUGUUUGAAAGCUAAACAAAAUCUAUUUGAAAGGGCUAUAAUACUUUUUACAAAUACUUCAAAAUUUGUUAGGCCAAUAAUUCCUUUCCGCUGUUACAGAGAUAUGUGCAUAGAAUUAAAAUUCACUUACUCUUAAUUUCCCAUAGAAAGCUAGUUUGUUACUAAUUCAAAGCUUAGGUUAGCACAACACAAAAAAAACUUCACUUUUGUUAAUGAGGUUCUGAUUAAACUGAUAAAAAAAUACAUUUUCAAGUGAUUCCUUUACUGAAAAGGGGACAUUCUCAUAUUGUUUAUAUGUAUGUUAUAUAUUUGUUUUCUGUUAUUUUUUAUAAAAAGUAUACAAUACUCACAUUGUUGACCUCUAGAUGUCUUGUUGUUUUUGUGUGUUGGGUUGCUGUCUCACGAAUGUAUAUCCCAUUCAUAUAUAAUUGUUGAAUUUGCAUUUUAGAAAUAUAUACUUCAUUUAUCAAGAGUUAUCACUUCAUAAAAAUAUUUUUAUUUUAAUUUUUUUUUUUUUUUCUGGAGAAGCAUAACUUGUCAACAACUGAUUCUAAGAUUAUUAAAAAAAAAUAUAGAAAUAAAUAACUGCAGUUCAAAACACUUAUCUAAAUUUAUUCAUUUGAAUAUCAAAUUGUUUAUAAUGGUUUUCUUUUUCCCCUAUUUAUCUUAAAAACAUUGAUAUUGAAGUUAAUGUAUGUGUAAUAUUUUACAUGAAUAUCAGUCUACAUUUAUCUUUUCAAUAUAUAUGACUUCCAACAAGAUUCCAUCUAUAGAUAUGUAAUCCAUUGUUGAUGAGAAGGUUAAAAAAGAUAAUUCACACAACUCUUAACAAAUCUGUCUUUUCGAGAGUGAAGAACUAUACACAUUAAAAGUGAGGAAUGGAAAGACAAGCACAGAAAUUAUCAUAGUUUAAAUAUUUUUUCUUUAAAUUUUUAUGAUUUGAGCUCUGUAUAUAAUAGUCCUAAGAUGUUAUCAGCCAUUCAGUUGAUAAGUUUGGCUUGUUGACAUGUGUUAAUCAUUCCAAAAGGAGAAAACACUCCAAUUAUUUUGUAUUCUGUUUUGUACAAAUAUUGUUUUUGCUAUUAAAGAAAAAACAUUUAA